AUGCAGGUUAUUGUGCAACUACUCCGUAGCGUAAACUCGUGGCGAAAAUCGAAUCGCAACCGUUCGCCCAAACGUGACCCUCCCCUCGCCCUCGCUUUCCUUUCCCACCCUUCCGCUCUCUUUCGCCCGCGUCGUCGCUAUCGCUUCCGCAGCUCGUCGCGUGCCCGUCGCCUUCGCUCCGCCCGUCGCCUUCACUUCUCCCCCGUCGCCUUCACUCCCCCCCCUCUUCCGUUGCCUUCAUUUCCCCCUCCCGUCGCCUUCACUUCCCCCUCCCGUCGCCUUCACUUCCCCCUCCCGUCGCCUUCAUUUCCCCCUCCCGUCGCCUUCAUUUCCCCCUCCCGUCGCCUUCAUUUCCCCCUCCCGUCGCCUUCACUUCCCCCUCUCGUCGCCUUCACUUCCCCUCCCGUCGCCUUCAUUUCCCCCUCCCGUCGCCUUCAUUUCCCCCUCCCGUCGCCCUCACUUCCCCCUCCCGUCGCCUUCACUUCUCCCCCCCGAUGCCUUCGAUUCCCCCUCCCGUCGCCUUCCACGCCUGCCGCACUCGCUUUCCCCCCUCACACUCGCUUCCCCACCCGUCACCUUCACUUCCCCUCCCAUUGCCUUUCACUCUCUCCUGCUCAAUCUCUUUCCCCCUGCUCACUCUCUUCCCCCCUGCUCACUCUCUUUCCCCCUGCUCACUCUCUUCCCCCCUGCUCACUCUCUUCCCCCCUGCUCACUCGCUUCCCCCCUCCUCAAUCUCUUCCCCCCUGCUCACUCUCUUCCCACUCUCUUCCCCCCUGCUCACUCACUUCCCCCCUCCUCAAUCUCUUCCCCCCUGCUCACUCUCUUCUCACUCUCUUCCCCCCCUGCUCACUCUCUUUCCCCUUGCUUCCCCCCGUCCCCUUCCCUCCUUCCCCCGUCCCCCUCCCAGCAUCCCCCCAUCCGCUUCCCUGCUCACCCCCAUCCCCUUCCCUGCUCCCCCCCAUCCCCUUCCCUGCUCACCCCAUCCCCUUCCCUGCUUCCCCCUAUCCCCUUCCCUGCUUCCCCCCAACCCCUUCCCUGCUCCCCCCCAUCCCCUUCCCUGCUUUCCCCCUUCCCCUUCCCUGCUUCCCCCCGUCCCCUUCCCUCCUUCCCCCUCCCAGCAUCCCCCCAUCCGCUUCCCUGCUCACCCCCAUCCCCUUCCCUGCUCCCCCCAUCCCCUUCCCUGCUCCCUCUGUUUCACCCCUGCUCCCUCUGUUUCACCCUUGCUCCCUCUGUUUCACCCUUGCUCCCUCUGUUUCACCCUUGCUCCCUCUGUUUCACCCCUGCUCCCUCUGUUUCACCCUUGCUCCCUCUGUUUCACCCUUGCUCCCUCUGUUUCACCCUUGCUCCCUCUGUUUCACCCUUGCUCCCUCUGUUUCACCCUUGCUCCCUCUGUUUCACCCUUGCUCCCUCUGUUUCACCCUUGCUCCCUCUGUUUCACCCUUGCUCCCUCUGUUUCACCCUUGCUCCCUCUGUUUCACCCUUGCUCCCUCUGUUUCACCCUUGCUCCCUCUGUUUCACCCUUGCUCCCUCUGUUUCACCCUUGCUCCCUCUGUUUCACCCUUGCUCCCUCUGUUUCACCCUUGCUCCCUCUGUUUCACCCUUGCUCCCUCUGUUUCACCCUUGCUCCCUCUGUUUCACCCUUGCUCCCUCUGUUUCACCCUUGCUCCCUCUGUUUCACCCUUGCUCCCUCUGUUUCACCCUUGCUCCCUCUGUUUCACCCUUGCUCCCUCUGUUUCACCCUUGCUCCCUCUGAUUUCACCCUUGCUCCCUCUGUUUCACCCUUGCUCCCUCUGUUUCACCCUUGCUCCCUCUGUUUCACCCUUGCUCCCUCUGUUUCACCCUUGCUCCCUCUGUUUCACCCUUGCUCCCUCUGUUUCACCCUUGCUCCCUCUGUUUCACCCUUGCUCCCUCUGUUUCACCCUUGCUCCCUCUGUUUCACCCUUGCUCCCUCUGUUUCACCCUUGCUCCCUCUGUUUCACCCUUGCUCCCUCUGUUUCACCCUUGCUCCCUCUGUUUCACCCUUGCUCCCUCUGUUUCACCCUUGCUCCCUCUGUUUCACCCUUGCUCCCUCUGUUUCACCCUUGCUCCCUCUGUUUCACCCUUGCUCCCUCCCCUUCUUCUCUGCUCACUCUCUUCCCCCUUGCUCACUCUCUUUACUUCUGCUCACUCUGUUCCCCCCCGCUUCUUCUCUUCCCCUCUGCUCAUUCCGUUUACUGUCUUUCCCCCUUCACUCACCCCCAUACCCCCCAAUGCAGUUACAGAGAGGCUGGGGAGGAGGGUGGGGAGGAGGGUGGGGAGGAGGGUGGGGAGGAGGGUGGGGAGGAGGGUGAGGAGGAGGGUGGGGAGGAGGGUGGGGAGGAGGGUGGGGAGGAGGGUGGGGAGGAGGGUGGGGAGGAGGGUGGGGAGGAGGCUGGGGAGGAGGCUGGGGAGGAGGCUGGAGAGGAGAGUGGGGAGGAGGGUGGGGAGGAGGGUGGGGAGGAGGGUGGGGAGGAGGGUGGGGAGGAGGCUGGGGAGGAGGCUGGGGAGGAGGCUGGGGAGGAGGCUGGGGAGGAGGCUGGGGAGGAGGCUGGGGAGGAGGCUGGAGAGGAGGGUGGGGAGGAGGCUGGGGAGGAGGCUGGGGUGGGGCGGAAUGGGGUGGGGCAGAAAGGGGUGGGGCGGAAUGGAGUGGGGCAGAAAGGGAUGAGGGAUGAGGAGAUGAGGGAUGGGGAGGUGUGGGAUGGGGAGGAGAGGGCUGGGGAGGAGAGGGAUGGGGAGGUGAGGGAUGAGGAGAUGAGGGAUGGGGAGAUGAGGGAAGGGGAGAUGAGGAAUGGGGAGAUGAGGGAAGGAGAGAUGAGGAAUGGGGAGAUGAGGGAAGGGGUAAUGAAUGAACGUGUAUGGGGUGCUGCUGACCACGCACCCUCCCACACCCCACGCGAUGGGAAGGGAUGA